UUGCUGUCCGUUUGCAAAGGAUGCUCCAGCAUCCUUUCUGACCCAGCAAGUCCAACAUGAUUCCUCCGACGAUCCUCGCAAGUCCUUCCAGCGAGUUACUUUUCCCCACUCUCUCUUCUCCGGAUCUCUGGAGGACCCAAGUGGUGAACUGCUCCGGGUCCAUCCCUCGGCACAUCAGCCACCGGGCCAACAACUUCAAAAGGCACCCGAGGCGGAGGAAACACAUCCAACCCUCCCCACCUCCUCCUCCUAACACCCCCUGUCCCAAGGACCGUGGCCCCUUUGGCGAGAUCCACCCAGAGAGAUCUUUCUUGGAACUGUUGUUCAACGGGUGCAUCCUGUUUGGGAUCGAGUUCAGCUACGCCAUGGAGACGGCCUACGUCACGCCGGCCCUCCUGCAGAUGGGCCUGCCGGAUCAGCUGUACGGGAUGGUGUGGUUUAUCAGUCCAAUUCUGGGCUUCAUGCUGCAGCCCUUAUUGGGGGCUUGGAGUGACCGCUGCACCUCCCCAAUGGGUCGGAGGAGGCCCUUCAUCCUUGUUCUGGCAAUUGGGGCGCUGGUGGGGCUCUCCCUGAUGCUGAACGGACGGGAUAUCGGCGCUGCUGUGUCCGACACGGCAGAGGACCACAAAUGGGGCAUUGCACUCACCAUCUGCGGUGUCAUCUUGAUGGAUUUCUGCGCCGACUCAGCCGACAACCCCAGCCAUGCCUACAUGAUUGACGUCUGUCGCCCGGCGGAUCAAGACCGGGCGCUCAAUAUUCACGCUCUUUUAGCUGGACUUGGCGGCGGAUUUGGCUACGUCGUUGGAGGAAUUAACUGGAACGGCACCGCCUUCGGGAAGGCCGUGGGGGGACAGCUGCGCGUCAUCUAUAUUUUUACCUCUGUCACCCUGACACUGGCCACCAUCUUGACUUUAGUCAGCAUCCCCGAACGGUCCUUGCUGUCUUUCAGCAAGCAGAAGAAGGUCAUGAAGAGCCCCAGCCUCACACUCCCACCCUCGCCCCCAUUGCUGUUCGAGGAGUGCCCACCUGAGAGCCCAACAGAGUCCCAAAACCCAGUCCGUGUGUAUGCCAACUUUACCAGCCCCGUUUCCCCGCUCAGCCCCCUGACCCCGAGAUACGGGAGCCUCAUCAGCUGGGAUAGUUCUUUGACGGGGCUGAAUGAUUUUGCUUCCUCCUUCGGCACCUCGAAUAUCGACGGCGUCCUCAUCGACUGCUUCACCGGUGGGACGGACGGCUACCUAUCCAUCCCAGGAAGCAUAUCCGGGCAGGGUGUCAGCGUCAGCUUGCCCAGAGCUCCGGACGGGUUGAAUUGCCACGAAAAUGCAACGUUGGAGGGCAGAGAAAAUGGAGGGGAGGGGCUGAGGGUGGGGUCCUUGGAUGCAAUAAAGCCCCGCUCAGUGGGAAUCCUGAAAAGGCCGCAGACUUUGGCAAUCCCGGAUAUUAUCACGGGGAACCUUCCAGAAAGCAGUCGGCGAAGGAACGUAACGUUCAGCCAACAGGUAGCAAAUAUUUUGCUGAAUGGGGUUAAGUAUGAGAGCGAAUUGAACAGCUCAGAUCAACUCUCUGAACAGCCACUGUCGAUAAAGCUCCUGUGCUCGACCGUCUGCCACAUGCCCAAAGUCCUUCGCAACCUUUGCAUCAACCACUUUCUAGGCUGGCUCUCGUUCGAAGGCAUGCUCCUCUUCUACACCGACUUCAUGGGAGAAGUGGUCUACCAAGGGAAUCCCAAAGCCCCCCCGGAUUCAGACGAGCACCAGAGGUACAAUGCCGGAGUCACCAUGGGGUGCUGGGGCAUGUGCGUCUACGCCUUCAGCGCAGCCCUAUAUUCAGCCUCGCUUGAAAAACUGGAGGAGUAUUUCAACAUCCGCACGCUGUAUUUUAUAGCAUAUUUAGUUUUUGGCCUUGGCACUGGGCUGGCGACGUUGACGAGGAAUAUCUACGUGAUCCUGUCCCUCUGCGUCACAUACGGCGUCCUGUUUUCAACCCUCUGCACUCUUCCCUAUUCCUUGCUAUGUGACUACUAUCAAAAUAAACAGUUUGCCGGCUCCGCCAAAGACGGCUGCAAGCGAGGCAUGGGCGUGGAUAUCUCUCUCCUGAGCUGCCAGUAUUUUCUCGCCCAGAUCCUUGUCUCGGUCGUCAUGGGCCCUUUGACGGCAGCAGUGGGCAGUGCCAACGGGGUGAUGUAUUUUGCCAGCGUGGUCUCUUUCGUGGGCUGCCUGUACUCUUCCCUCUGCGUCAUUUACGAAAUCCCCCCCGGGGAGGAACUGGCUGAGGAACAGCAGCCGCUGAUGCUGAGCAUAUGA